UUCCAUAAUCCAGGGUCGUUCCGUAAUGCAGGUCGGAGCCUAUAUAACCAAAAAACGUAUAUACAAGGGGCAAAAAAGUAGGUCACAUAAGCUCUCCAGUGCCACGGAUCAAAACACAUGCAUUUAGCUGUCUAGACACACUACGAAAGAAAGAAUACCCAACAGAAUAACAGUCUUAACAAGGCACUGUGGGUGUACGGUAUUUUAAAACAUGGCCUUUUUACGUGUGGGUUUGGUAUUUCUGUUGAUGUAUGUUGCUCACACUUGUAGUAGCGCUGGCAAACAGAAGAUACUGAUCUUUCCUUUUUCAAAUGUCUAUAACUCGAGGACCAUGAAUUUAGAGAAGAUAGCUGUCAUGUUGAGGGACCACGACUUUCACGUCACCAUGUUGGUCUCUCACCACUAUGCACCUAAAAGGAAUAUAGAUGGCGUCAACUUGAUCAGGUACAAAAUGCCUGAACUACAAAUCAAUAAGGGAGGAGUAUUGGACCUGAGUAGAUCACUUUAUUACAUCGAGAAAGAUGUGAUGCCAUUUUUUAGGCAAAUAGAUGAGAUGGAUUUUGCACUUUGCGAGGUUCUUCUUAGUAGCAAAGACAUUUUGAAUAGACUGGAAGAAGAAGAGUUUGAUCUGUUUUUCUUUGACUUUGGCAAUGUUGGCUCAGGUCCUAUUUUGAAUGAAUAUCUUGGCAUUCCUUCCAUUGCUUAUUCUAAUUUUGGAUUUAUGGAAACUUGGACUAUAUUCAAACAGCCAACGUUUUUUUCUUAUACGCCUGGCAUAUACAGCUCCUUCUCCGAUAACAUGACAUUUUGGGAAAGAGUGCAAAAUACAGACAUGAUACUUGACAUUGAAAGUUGGGCCAGCGAUAGAAUAGAUCAUAUUGAAAAAAUGAAGGCCAAGUACCUGCCCAACAACAACUGGCCACAUGCUAAGCACUCAUUUGAACGAGUGUCUCUAAUGAUUGCAGCCAACGUUAACUUUGCAUUUGACUAUCCGCGACCCGUCAUGCCCCAUGUGAUACCAAUUUCUGGACUUCUUUGGACACCGCCUAAGCCGUUAUCAAAUGACUUUGACAAUAUUGUAUCUGCUGCUACUUAUGGAGUCAUUGUUAUAAGUUUUGGGACAUUUGUGCCGACAUUUAAUACUGAAAAGGCGGAGAUUUUGGCCAAAGUGUUUUCUAAACUCUCACAGACUGUUAUCUGGCGUUACCAAGGUGUUCCUCCUAAGUCUCUGGGAAGUAACACACACCUGGUAGAAUGGCUGCCACAGAAUGAUCUUCUUGCCCACCCUAACACCAAACUGUUCAUCACCCACUGUGGAGUAAGUAGCACGUGGGAGACCCUCUACCAUGCAGUUCCCGUGGUUGCAAUUCCACUUCUUUGGGAUCAACACGUUCACGCAAGGAAAUUGAAGGAGCGCGCGAGAAUGGGUGAAAUUAUAAAGUUUGGCACCCUGAACGCAGAAGAAUUAGAAAGCAUUAUACUCAAGGUCCUAAGCGAUAAAUCGUAUAAAGAGAACGCGGUUAAGAUGUCUAAACUUCUUCAAGACACCCCAAUGUCGGGACAGGAGGAACUGUUGUAUUGGAUUAAGUAUGUAAUAAGACACAAUGGAACUCUUCACUUUCACUCUCAUGCUGCUUACAAUCUGAACUGGUAUCAGUAUUACCUAUUGGAUGUUAUUGCUUACAAAGCUGCAGCGAGAUGUUUGUACUAUUUCGUUUACCUUCUUCCAGUAGUAAUUCUUUGGAAAGUACUUAAAGUUCUGUUCAUUCGUGAAAAACCUAAACACGCCUGACUUCAUUAUUGCGCCCUUGAAAAGUAAAAGAUUUAGAGGCCAAAACGUCAUUUAAAAUGAUGAAUCAUUUAAUCUGUACACUGUUAGCUCAUUACCUGUAUCAGAACGGGGCAGUUGAACUUGUUAGUUUCCUUUGAAAGAGCCUGAGCCAAUA